AGGGCGCAGCCGCGAAGGAGGUGCGGGGGAGGCUAGCCGGAGCCCGAGCGCUCGCAGCAGCCGGCGUCGGCGGGGAGCGCCCGGGCGCAGCCGCGAUGGCGGUGGCAGUGGGGAGACCGUCCAAUGAAGAGCUUCGAAACUUGUCCCUUUCUGGCCAUGUUGGAUUUGACAGUCUCCCUGACCAGCUGGUCAACAAGUCAACUUCCCAGGGCUUCUGUUUCAACAUCCUGUGUGUUGGCGAGACAGGCAUUGGCAAAUCCACGUUAAUGGACACUUUGUUCAACACCAAGUUUGAAAGUGACCCAGCUACUCACAAUGAACCAGGUGUCCGAUUAAAAGCCAGAAGUUACGAGCUCCAGGAAAGCAAUGUGCGGCUGAAGUUAACCAUCGUUGACACUGUGGGAUUUGGAGACCAGAUAAAUAAAGAUGACAGCUAUAAGCCAAUAGUGGAAUACAUUGAUGCCCAGUUUGAGGCCUACCUGCAGGAAGAAUUGAAGAUUAAACGUUCUCUCUUCAAUUACCACGACACGAGGAUCCAUGCCUGUCUCUACUUUAUCGCCCCUACUGGACAUUCUCUGAAGUCCCUGGAUCUGGUCACCAUGAAAAAGCUGGACAGUAAGGUGAACAUCAUUCCAAUAAUUGCCAAGGCUGACACCAUUGCUAAGAAUGAAUUGCACAAAUUCAAGAGUAAGAUCAUGAGUGAACUAGUCAGCAAUGGGGUCCAGAUAUACCAGUUCCCCACUGAUGAAGAAACAGUGGCAGAGAUUAAUGCAACAAUGAGUGUUCAUCUCCCAUUUGCAGUGGUCGGCAGCACUGAAGAGGUGAAGAUCGGCAACAAGAUGGCCAAGGCCAGGCAGUACCCCUGGGGUGUGGUGCAGGUUGAGAAUGAAAACCAUUGUGAUUUUGUGAAACUGCGGGAGAUGCUGAUCCGUGUGAAUAUGGAGGACUUGCGAGAACAGACCCACACCCGCCAUUAUGAAUUGUAUCGCCGCUGCAAACUUGAGGAGAUGGGUUUCAAGGACACUGACCCUGACAGCAAACCCUUCAGCCUCCAGGAGACAUAUGAAGCGAAAAGGAAUGAAUUCCUGGGAGAACUGCAGAAGAAAGAAGAAGAAAUGAGACAGAUGUUUGUCAUGAGAGUGAAGGAGAAAGAAGCUGAACUGAAAGAGGCAGAGAAAGAGCUUCACGAGAAGUUUGACCUCCUGAAGCGGACACACCAGGAUGAAAAGAAAAAAGUAGAAGACAAGAAGAAGGAGCUGGAGGAGGAGGUGAACAACUUCCAGAAGAAGAAAGCUGCAGCUCAGUUACUGCAGUCCCAGGCCCAGCAAGCAGGGGCCCAGCAAACCAAGAAAGACAAGGAUAAAAAAAAUAGUCCUUGGCUCUGCACGGAGUAAAUGAUACCCUCAAAUCUAAUUGGAUGUGCUUUCGCCUUUGCAUCUUCUUCUUUAUGUAGCCAUCCUGUUGACAAGCCCUACUCUCUCCUAAUGGACAUAGAGCAUUAGAAGAGCAGGAGCUGUCUGUUCACGUGUUGGGGAAGAGUUACCUCAUUUCACCAUCGCUUCCUGGUCUUUUAAAGUCUGGGUCAAAUAUUGCACUGCUGUGUGUAUAUGUCAAUGUCUGUCUACAAACCACUGCCCAUAGUGGUUCCUGAAGUGACUUGUCACUCCCCUCAAAUAGUAAUACGUAAUAAUAUUAAUGAAAGGAAAAAGAAAAUUGAGUGAAACAGAGAACGUGGGCCAAGACCCAAGGUCUUGUGCUGGGACCCUCUUGCUUAGCUGCCAUGUUCUUGAAGCUGCUGACCCAAGAACUCACGGACUGAAGACAGCAGGUCCCCUAACCUGAGUGGCCACCACGUGGGGCCCACAGACUUGAUCUCAUGGUAACUCCCAUCUUUUCUGUCCCAUGAGCAACAUUCUCAACCGAUCAGGAGCCUCAACCAUCAUCAGGUCAUCAGUUCUGGGCAUCGUUUUCCUUUGUUAGUUUUGCGGGUUGUUUUGGUGUUUGGGGUUUUUUUGUUUUUUUAACAUUUGAUACUGCAUGAACAGAGAUGGCUGCAAUUUUUUUCCUUGGAGUGUCCUAUUGAUACAGUGUUUUUAUUUUUCAGCUGACCAUCUGCCUCUUGAGAGAGAGAAGUGGGCAUCCUUCCUUUAAAUUCAGGAACUGUUGUUUUAUUUGACUCUUUUUCUGUUACCUGUAUUUGUUGUUUUGGGUUUGGGAAUCUGGUUUUUUUUGUCGGGGGGAGCCCAGUUCUGAUUUUUUGUUUUGUUUUUUGGUAUUGGUUAUUCAGCUUGCUUUUGUUAUCAAAAUUAUGCCAAGUUUAAACUCACUUCAAGGGGAAAUUUAAGUGAAGUUUAAUUCACAAAAAAUCUGUUUAAUAUGCUCUCCUCAUCUUCAAUACAACCAGAAAAUUCCCUUUUUUGUUACUGGGGUUUUGACCUACAAGUCAAAUGUUUCAAAUGUGCUGGUUGUUGGGUAGAUGACUUUUCUGCCUCUGGGGCUCGAUUUAUAUUUAAAGAUACCUUAAAAUAA